UGGCAGUUCGUUGGUUUAGAAACGUCAGCCCACUAAACCAAAAUUUCGGUGGGAAGGGGGCGGGGGGAACCGCAUUUACUUUUUCUUCCCCUUCCCGAUAAAGUGAUCAAUACUGCCAUCUUUGCCAACCACCAUUUUUUCUGGUUAUCAAACCAUGGAUAUUGCAAGUCUUUCCCGCCAUUGAAUUCGUUUUGAAGGAGAUAUUUCCAUUGAACGAAGGUGAUUCGAUUGCUAGCGCUGUCUGAUCAAACACCACAACAGCUCAGUUGCUCGAUUAUGGCAUAACUUCGAAACUUCGAAUGGAAAAUUCGACUACUAUCACUUGUUCACUGAAGUCGACAAACUAUAAAUCUGCUGUCUUCAACAGGCUACUUAAUAAAAGAACAGAAAAGAGUGUUACGUUCCUCUUACAUUGGGCUACUACAAACAGAAGAGAUCAAUGAAACAGAGAAAGCAGCUGAAUUUUGAAGAGCGAGAGUGGAUCCCUUCUUUGUUUGAUUCCUUCAUCGAUCCUUAAAAAAACACAGAAAAGGUAGGCGACCCAACUGCUUGUCGCUGUUUUUCUUAUAUGAUUUUGAAGUGGAAAGAAGGAUCGUUCAGCUUCUUAUUGUAAGUCUCCGUAUGCAAUUGGAGUCAUUAUUGACCGUUCUAGUUUUGCACCAUAAAUGCCAAGAACGGAGGACAUUCUGAAACUUCUGGUGCAAGAUCCUCCAUGCUUGGAGUUCUCUACUACUCAUAUCAAGUGGGAAAAAAUAGAAGAUGGUCGGCAAGGUGGUGCUGAUAUUGCUCUAGUCCCAUUUUCUAGAGUUGAGGAUUUCGUUAAAGGAGAAUCUUCCAAUCCAGAAUGCCCGGCUCGCUUUCGCAUUGAAUCAAGAAGGAAAAGAACUGCAGAUGGAAAAACUUACAGACUCAAUUUUGGAGGAAAGACCAAUGUAAAAAAUAUGAAAAUUUCAAUUAAAGGUACUGGUGUUCUUAUGGUCCAGAAGAUUACCGAGUAAGUGAAGCAGGUUUUAGGAGUAGCUUAAUCAUAAAACCUGCAUCUGGGAAGGGCAGCAGACCAGGAAGACGUCACAUGAUGAGAGGUUGCCUUUGACAAUUUACUGUUAAGCGCCUAUAUGCACAGCCACAUCUUGCUGUCGUCAUAUAUAACCAAAGAAAGCAUAUUGAUAAGUCAGGAGCCCCUUGCCAUGGAAUACUCGACCAUGAUGCUGUUGGGACAAGAGCUAUGUAUACUCUGAGAAUUUCUGAGGAACUACGUCAAAAGAUUAUGUCCAUGCUGUAUGUAGGAAUACCUAUUGACAAUAUUAUUCAGCAUCAUUCAGAGGUUGUGCAAGCGCAUGGAGGACCCCAAAAUCGUGAUGAUUUUCUUUCUCGCAAUGAUGUCCGUAACAUGGAAAAAGUUAUUCGUAAUUCUUCACACGAGCUUCAUACAAAUGAUGAUUGUAGUGUGAACAUAUGGGUGCAACGACAUAGAAAAAUCAUUUUCUUCUUUUAAGAGAGCAGUGAUUGUGAGCCUUUUGUUUUAGGCAUUCAGACAGAUUGGCAGCUAGAACAGAUGUUGCAUUAUGGACAUAAUGGCUCUGUUGCUUCCCAUUCAACACUUGGAUCAAAGAAACUACGGUUUCCACUAUGUAGUUUACUUGUUUUUGACUCAUCCCAAAAUACCAUUCUCGUUGCUUGGAUCAUUGCAUGCUCUUUUGUUGAUCAAGACAUUCGUAAAUGGCUUGGAUUGCUAGCUGAAAGACUGCAUGUGAAGGAUCCUACAUGGAGAAUGGAUACCUUUUUAUUAGACAAUCCUUCUUUUGAGGUUUCUACUAUAAGGGAGGUUUUUCAGUGUCGGGUUCUAUUAUGCAUAUGGCAUGUUCGUCACAGUUGGAUUAGGCAUCUUCUUAAAAAGUGUUCUAAUUUGGAUGUGCAAAGAGAGAUGUUUAAGCAAUUAGGGAAAGUUUUGUAUUGCACAAGGAUUGGGCUAGGUUUUGCAGAUGCAGUUGAGCAGUUAAAGCAAAGAUUUGCUGAUCAGUGUGUUUUUGUUGAUCAUCUAACAAGAAUGUGGUUGCCAGACAUAGAAUUGUGGGUAAAUGGUAUACGGUUGCUUCCUGUUUUCACUUUGGAGGCUAAUGCGACAAUCAACGCAUACUACAUAAGAUUAAAAUCUAAGCUUUUCAAAGACCAAAACAACAGUUCCUUGUCAAGAGUUGACUGGUUGAUUCACAUGCUUACAACUCAGUUUCACUCCUCAUAUUGGUUAGACCAAUACAAUCUAGAGACCGGAUAUUUUGGGAGUUUUAGAGAUAAAUCCAUCUUAACUAGUGUGUGGAACAAGGCAUUACACAUCCCAGAUGUUAUGCUAGAUGAGUCAAAUCUUCAGUUUGCAAAAGUAAUCUCUCAGUCAAAAAGAAAUCUGGAAUAUACAAUUUGGGAUCCUGGUUCAGAGUUCUCAUUAUGUGAUUGUCCCUGUUCAAGGAUGGGAAAUCUCUGUAAACAUGUCAUCAAAGUCUCACUGUUAUGUAAGAGGCAACAAGCUACAAGGCCAAUAGUAGUUGCUCAAGUUUAUCAGGAUCGUGUGCCGAACUUUCAACACAACCCUAUUGCUUUGGACCAUGGAAUGUUACAUGUCAAUUGCAUACAACGAGGAAAAGGCUUGGAGAACUUGUCAGAUAGUGGCUUGCACCAGUCUAUAUAUCUUGACACUAAUUCCCAAUUGGAAGAUACUGCUCUCUCUUCUCCACGUUAUGAGUAAUUUUAUGGUUUUUAAUGAGAAAUGUCAUAUAGGCUUUUUGAUCUGAAGAGGGAAGCGAGUGGGUUUCUCUGGAGCAGCAUGAUACAAGCCAUACCGAAUUCCCAACAUUAUACUCAGGUGGUACAAAUUCUAUCCCUAGGUCUUGUUACUCUCCAAUCUUCAUAUGUGUGCUUUUAAGAAAAUGGUAUAAGUGUUGGUUAAGUGCAUCCAACUCUGGUAUUGUGUAUUUUAAGUGCCAUUUUAUAUAUUUGAUUACUGAUCCAACAAUUUUCGAUGCAA